GGGACUCUGAAGCUACAGGGGAAGUGGUGAGCGGGAAGGGAAGUGACGUUCAGGAAAGUCUACAUGUUUUGUGUCAUGUGAUAAACACAGCAAACAAGACACGGAACCCCUCAAAACGGUGCAGAUAAAGGGAGCAGCGCACAGGGCUACUCGUAGCCAGCAGUGGUUAAGACGACAUGGCAGAUGAUUUGAAGAGAUACUUAUACAAGCAGUUGCCAACGGUUGAAGGACUACAUGCGAUAGUAGUAACAGACAGAGAUGGCGUUCCUGUAAUCAAAGUUGCCAAUGACAAUGCUCCAGAGUACGCUCUGCGGCCAGGCUUUCUCUCCACCUUUGCACUGGCCACAGAUCAGGGCAGCAAGCUGGGGCUGUCCAAAAACAAGAGCAUCAUCUGCUACUACAACACGUAUCAGAUUGUGCAAUUUAACCGAUUACCCCUAGUGAUCAGCUUCAUUGCAAGCAGUAGUGCCAACACAGGUUUGAUCAUCAGUUUGGAGAAGGAGCUUGUUCCGCUGAUUGAGGAACUGAGGCAGGUGGUAGAGGUCGCUUAGGAGUCACGUAAAUUUACAACUACUGCAACAUCAUACACCUGCAUCAGGUCAUGAGAGCCACACACAUGCACCUUGGACAUCGCUACAAUUCCCUGUUGUGUUGACACACACACACUAGUAUGAUGUUGGCUGUGAAAUGGAAUUUUAUGUCAGUUGCUCUUGAUGCUGUAUGUUUCUAUUAUGAAUGUAACCCCUUCUGUUUGUGUUGUUUUCUGCUAAUAAAUAAAUUUGUCUAAGACUUUGAUGUACAAAAAUACUUUGUAUUUAUUGAAGAUUUACAUUUUUUACAGAAGUAAAUGCAAAGAGAAUAGAUACUGUUUCCUGCAUCCUCCAGCUGGGUUAUUUGAAAAACAUACUCCGUCUAGAUUCAGGCUCAGAUUAUCUAACAAGGUAAUCAGACUGUUCUCUGCCAGAUAAGAGCCUUUGUAUGUCACAUCCACAAGAAAAGUCAAAGAAAUAAAGUACUGAAAUCAGCCAAAUAUAAAUGUUACGUUUGUUUGAUACUCUGUAAAAAGUGGAACAGGACAGAAGUUAAUUUAAAGUGUUUUUUGAGGUUUCCGUUGAUGUGAAUUACUGCUUUUGUUCACCUAGACUAAAAUUUUGCUUUGCAUUGUUUCAUGCACAGUCUUUAUUUGAGUGGAAUAAAAUCAGUAAAACUG